AUGAAGACUCUGAUUACCGGCGGAACCGGUGUGAACGGAGCGUCCACCGCGCGCCUCCUGGUGUCCCAGGGGCAGCGGCCCGUGCUGCUGGACAACCGGGUGGACCUGUCCCUGAUCGCGGACAUCGUUGAGGAUGUGGACGUGGUGACCGGGGACAUCCUGGACGGCGCGGCGCUGCAGGAGGUGGUGGCGGCCCACGGCAUCACCCACAUCGUGCAUAUGGCGGCCCUGAUGCCCGGCCCGGCCGAGGCCAAUCCCGCCGCCGCCAUUGCCAUCGGGUUCCAUGCGUUUAUCGGCGACGUCCGCGGCAAACACGCCCAUCCGGAUUUCGUGCCCCUCGACGAAUCCCACCCGCCGAACCCAAUGGACAUGUACGGGGUCACCAAGGUCUGCUCGGAAACGCUGGGCAACUACUAUCGCAAGCGCUACGGCGUGGACUUCGUGGCCCUGCGCUACCCGUCCAUCUACGGCCCCGGCAAGCUGGCGCGGCACGGCGUGCUGGCCCUGUACGGAAAGGUCAUCGAAGACGCCAUGGCCGGGCGCGAGUUCUCCAUCCCCCGCGGCGGCGACCAGCGGAACGAUGUGGUCUACGUCGGCGACGUCGCCCACUCCAUCGUCCUGGCACUGAACGCCGAGGGCCUGACCCAGGGGACCUUCAACAUCGGCACCGGCCGGGGAGUCACCCUCAAGGAUUUUGCCGCCGUGUUGAAACGCAUCUUCCCCGACUCCAGGAUCGACAUCGGCCCCGGCCUCGACUUCCGCGAGGGCUACAAGCAGAGCUACUGCAUCUUCGACAUCGGCAAGGCCCGGGAGCAAUUGGGCUACGAGCCGCAAUAUGACCUGGAGCGAGAGCCUGCGGGGAAGAAAAUUCAGGAGGUUGGGCCCAUGAAACUCUACCAUUUUCCACCCUCAACGAACUCGUUGAAGGUGCGGAUCGCGCUGCUGGAGAAGGGGUUGGAAUUCGAGAGCGUCGUGAUCGAUCUGACCAAGAAAGAGCAGAAGGAUCCGGAGUAUUUGAAGAUCCAUCCCUUCGGUCAAGUGCCUGCCCUGGAUGACGACGGCUUCAUCGUCUACGACUCCACCGUCAUCAACGAAUACCUGGAGGACGAAUACCCGCACCCGUCGCUGUUGCCCGCCGGCUCGGAGGAUCGUGCUCGUGCCCGCUUGAUGGAGGAUUACCGUGACAACCGCCUCAAUCCCCACUUCGUCACGUUGAUUCACGAGCACCGAAAGCCGGAAGAGGAACGUGAUGCGGCCCUCAUCCGGGAGGCUCACGGGAACAUUGGCGCCGCCUUUGCGGUGGUCGAAAGACAACUGCAAGGAAGGGAUUACCUGGUCGGCUCGUUCAGCCUCGCCGACAUCGCCUACAUGCCCGACGUCGGGCUGCUGGAGCGCUUCAGACGUGCCCCUGGACCCCGAUUUCACCAACGUGGCCGCAUGGAUCCAACGGCUGCGCACCCGGUCCAGCUAUUCCGCCACAAAAAACUAGUCAAGCCGUUCGUGCGCGGGCCGGUUUGA